CGUCUCAGACAUUUGAGAUGCUUUUUUCUUUCUACAUAUAUAAAUGGGUUCUCUGCCUCUCGAUUUUUCUCUUCCUUUUAUAGGAAUGAGACUGUAAGAGAGAGAGAGAGAGGGAGGGCCCUGCAGUCUAGGCAGCUACAAUUUCUUCUGAUUAUCAGCGAUUAUAGGGAUGGGUCUUGCAGGAUUUUCAGACCCCAAGAAAGGCAGCUGUUCUUCUGGCUAGUAGUAGACCUCUUCAUAUAGCCCUCUAUUAGAUUGAUUUGAGAGAAAGAUACAGAGUGUGUGUGACAGGGGUGGCUUGCGUUGAAGGGUAAGAGAUAUCAGGGAGAAGAGGAUGAGAGGCAGAUGAAACAGAUUUAGAGAUAAGAGAAUCACUUGCUUGUGAAGCAAACAUCUCUUUACCAAGGCUACAUAGUUAAGAGAAGAGAAACCCAAGAAAAAUAAGAGAGGUUCUGGCUUGUUUUUUGGGAAAUGGAAAUUUGUUCGGCUGCCUUUUCUCACCUCCUUAUAUCCCAGCAACACUCAUGCAUUGCCACCUAAAGUGCGGGUGGUUCAAAUCUCUGUCUCUCUGUCUCUCUCUCUAUAAUUGCUAUCAUAAUCACCAUCAUCACCUUGAGCUUUGAGGAAUGAAGGGUAGAUUUUAUUGUUGUUUUAUUAUAGCUCUGCAAAUAGUGAGUUGGGUUUCUGCAACAAGCAGGCCUUUUCCAUCAAAUGAUAGCCUUGCUGCUCAUCAACCAGGGCCAGACCAGAGCUCCGAGACUUUAACAGUUACCUUGGAUACAGAGGAGGGUUUGAAAAGGGUGAGAGGAAAGUUGAAUAGAGAAGAAGUAAUGCAGAAAGGAGUAAGGAAAAUAGGGUCAAGUCCACCAAACUGUGAGCACAAGUGUUAUGGGUGCAUUCCAUGUGAAGCCAUUCAAGUGCCCACCACCAACAGACACAGCCAUUUGGGCAUCCAAUAUGCAAAUUAUGAGCCUGAGGGUUGGAAAUGCAAAUGUGGUCCUUCCUUUUACAGUCCAUGAAGAAUAAUACCAUCAGACAUAUCUUUCUCAUUUCUCUCAAUUAUGAACUCAGAACAUGUCCUCUCAUUCUCAUUGUACAAUAGUUCUGUUUAAAUUAGCCCAAAAAGAAAUCAUCAUGCUUCUUCAGGUAGAGGAAGAAAAAGUUUUGACAAAGGAACCAUCGGAAU